UCGCGUACAAACAACUCCUGCGUGGAAAUGUGUGAAUUCACAAAAACAAAUGGAAUUCAGAGAAAAUUCCUGGCGUGCGUUCCCAUUUGUUCGAUUGAUAUCCCAGAACAACUAGAUCUUAAAGAACAAGUUCAGAUAUUUGACGCGACAGUAGGCGAUGUUAGGGUUCGGGAGUAUCCGAUGAAGUGCGAGUAUCAGCAAAAGUUUGUCAAAAAAAUUAUUGCUACGUUAGAAAAUAAUGGAUGUGAAGAGAUUUAUGGGAUGUUUUAUGAGAUUCUCUGUGAAUUUCUGGGUAGUGGAGACGAUCGAGGGACUCAUUAUCGGCAUUUUUUAAUGAGCAAUGGAAAAGUAGAUAGGUUGAUCAUCCGAGAGAGCAGAAAUUUAAUAUCAGACGGAACGACUGGGCUCUGCAGUUGGCAGGGAGCUCUGGCACUCGCUGAAUGGUGUGUCUUCCACGAGGAUUUUUUGAGAGACAAAAAAAUACUGGAGCUUGGGUCUGGGGUGGGAUUGACAGGUCUCACUGUCCUGAAUCUCUGUUCCCCCAAGAGUUUCUUAUUCUCCGAUUGUCAUCCUAGGGUUUUGGACAUUCUCAGAUCAAAUGUUGAUCUCAACUCCUCCAGGAUUGAUAUUGAUCAUGAAAUCAUCGAUUUACCUUGGGAAAAUAUCGAUGAGGGCAUGGGGAAUCGUCUCGGUGUCGAUCUCGUCAUCGCAGCUGAUGUCAUUUAUGACAAUUCUCUCUUUCCCUUGUUAAUUAAUGGCCUGAAAUUACUCAUGAGGUCUGGAAAUUGUCUCGGGAUUCUUGCAAUGACCAUCAGGAAUCAGGAAACUGUCUCGGAAUUUUUCAAACAAUUGAACUCCGGGGGAUUCGUUUUCGAGGAAACCGACACACCAGAAUUUUCGAUAUUCAUAAAAAAUGACGAAACUCCAGUAAAAAUAAUUAAAUUACGGUAUGCCGAUAAAAAUAAUUGAGAUAAAUCUCGGGGAAAUGAGU